AUGGUACCGAAUAAAGAAACUAUUAAGAAUGAAGCCGCUUUACUAACUGGUUCCACGGAUAUGGAAAAGUUUAGUGAGAUUAAAAAUAUACCCUAUCCGACAUUGAAAGAUGACGAAAUUAUCAUCAAGGCAAUCGCGUAUGCUGCAAACCCUACUGAUUGGAAACAUAUAGUUUUGAAAAUGGGCGGAAUACCAGGUGCAAUUUCUGGUUCUGAUGUUAGCGGUGUGGUUUCAGAGGUCGGUAAGUCUGUUACUGGCUUCGAAGUGGGAGAUAUCGUCUCAGCUACAAUGCAUGGUAAUACUAGUAAGACUUCGGGUGCAUUUGCUGAAUAUGUUGCGCUUAACCCUAACUUGACAUUGAAGUACCCCAAGUCACAGAUCAAGGAAGAAGCUUUAUCUUUAGGCUAUCAUCCCGCCUCUUUGAUCAACACAUUCGAAGGUGCAGCUUCUGUGACGUUGGGUCUCAGCACAGUUGGUAUGGCUCUUUCGUUCAACCUUGGUAUCAAACCACAUAAAUCAGAAAAUGCUUCGAAAUUCAUUUUGAUUUGGGGUGGUGCAACAGCUACUGGAAUAUUAGCAAUUCAAGUUGCAAAACAGAUUUAUGGUUUGAAAGUAAUCACUACUGCAUCAUCGAAGCAUCAUCAAUUUUUGAAGUCCUUGGGUGCAGAUGAGACUUUUGAUUACAAAGAGGCUAGCGUUAUCAAAGACAUUAAGAAAGCCGGAAAUGGUAAGAUCCUGUAUGGGCUUGAUACUGUAUCGGAGCCCAAAACUUGGCAACAAACCUAUGAUGCCACUGAAGGGUUUGAAAACGUGUCCAUCGAUAAUUUACUUUUUUUAACAGAGAAAGAUAUUAAAGUAAAUUCCGAAAGGUCAGUGAAAUUCUCUGCGACACUUGUCUAUUUGACUGAUGGUAAAUCUCAUUUAGGUCUACCAGCGAGUGCUGAGAUCACGAAGGAUCAUUUGUAUUUUAAGAAUGAGCUUUUAGCUCCUCAUCUCAAAACAAUCAAGAAUGCACCACUUAAGGUUUUGGAAGCUGGACUUGGCUCAGUUAAUCCUGCUAUGAAACUUUUGAAAAACAAUGAAGUUCAUGGAGAAAAGAUUGUUUUCAGGUCUUAA